UUUUCAAAGGAUAGCAUGCUGCACACAGUAGUAGAAUUUAUUGUUUGUGAUGAUCAAUCUCUAGCAGUGGCAAACAAAACCACAUUUAGAAAUUGCUUGGUUGCAAUGCAUCCAGCGUCAACUACAGCAGAAUUGCCUUCAACACACAAUAUUACAACCUAUAUUCGCAAUGCAUUUAUCAAGCUCAUCAAAGGUACCAAGGCCAAUAUACAGGUAAGUUUUUUCAUAGAUGUGAUUGCAUUUUCUAAUGUAUUCUAG